GCUAAAUUAUUAUAUAGUUGUUCUUUAAAGCAGCUACUGAAUUAAAAUACUUUUUGAUCCAGCGAACCAGAGUUGAUUUUUACAUCCUUUGCUUUUAGGAGAAAAGAGUAAUUAAAAAAAAUUCUAUUUUAUUAAUUGAGUGAUUUUCAUCUCCAUCCUAAGUAAAUACACAUUCAUUCUGUAUUCUGACAUUGACUCUAUUAUCCUAUAAGUGUUAUGCCAAAUUUAAAAAAUUCUGUUUUAGUAAUCAAUUAACUUUCAUAUCCAUCCUAAGUAAAUACUCAUUCAUUCUAUAUUACGUUGACUCUAUUAUCCUGUAAGUGUUCUGCCAAUGCAUUAUGAUUUGUAGAGUUUGGAAAUAUUUUUAAAUGCUAAAGAAGUAUUCUGUGUCAUUUAUUAUACUUCAGGAAGGAAAUUUUAUAACAAAUGUGAUCUCUUGCUUUUAAGAACAAUCUCAACAAUCUGUGGGAUAGAAUGAGUCUGUGGUCCCAAAUAAUUUCCAUAGAUAACCUAAAGGUAAUUCAGUUAAAACUAAAGAUUAUAACUCUUCUAACUCUUCAGCAUUUCUGUUUGAGAUAUUCCUAUAUCUGGUAAGAUUUCACAAGUUGGAAUAACUCAGUAUAACUCUUCAGAGAGACAAGGUGAGAACCAGACUUAACAUAUAUUAAGGUCUGUCUUCUAAAGAGCUAGACAUGAGAAAGAAAAUCACUAAUGAUAUCAUACCUGGUGAAAAGCAUAUACUUUAUUCAAAGUUAGGUAUGACAAAUUCUAAUUUGAGUCCUUAUUUCAGUUGACCUAUAUAACCUUUUCUUAGAGAAUUUGUAAUGAAAUUCUGUGUCAUUGAGUAAUUUGUUAGAAUGUAUUGUUUUAAAAGACUUAAAAGAAGUUAUAUAAAUCAGUCGCCAACCUUGCAAUGGCAAAAAAUCUUUACACAUCCAUGCUUCACCGAGUUCUUUACCAACCAACUAAGAUUCCAGCAAUGAGAGGAAAAAUUUUUGUAUGAUCCUAGUGUUAAAACUUACAUACUUGUGCUGCCUUUUUUAUUUCUCAAUUUAAUGUCUAUAUCUCAGAAGGUAGAAGUAAACCUAAAAUGUUUAUUAAGAUUGACUGAGUGCUAAAUUAUAUUUAGAUUUAUCCUUGUAUUCAAAGCUAUUGUUUUCUAUAUACCUUGAGUCCAGAAAUGUUUACUAACCUGUUGACCGUUAAUUAACUUAAUCGAUACAUUCUUAAUAUUACUGGUAUCUCAAAAUAAUAAUCUAGGCUGUAUACAUACACUCAGUGAUGUUGGGGGAGGGAAGUAUUCCACAUUCAACAAAAAAAAGUAUUGAUUUUUAAAUAGCUUCCUUACUUGGGAUAUACUGAUCUAAAAAACAGCUGCUAAGUAAGAUAAAAAGGAUUUUUAUUUAUUUGGAAAGUUAAAUGUAAAGUUUAUUAUUAAUGAAUAUUAAGCGACAUCAGAAUAUUUAGAAAGUCAAAUACAUGUUCCAGUAAUGGCAGAAGUUUAGAGGCUAUUUUUUAGCAUUAUUCCAAGAUCAUUUUCCUUCUACAUUUGUCACACAGGAGUUUGUGCUGAAGGAUUUCUUGGCCAUUUUAGAGACUGUAAUCUAGUUAAAAGGUUUGUUUAUGCUUCCCAUCUCUGUUCUGCUGAUGGUAUUAGAAUGCAGGCCAGAGCCAGACAUCUAACUGUUUAUAACAUUCAAACUUCAAUUAAAGCUACAGUGUUCAGUAUAUAUCAGAAAGCUCAUGCCAGCUACAGAUAUCUCCAGUAAUGAUGGUAAUGAUUUUUGUGCAGCCAUAGGCUUUCCUAAAUCAUGCCACUCCUUAUGAAUACGUUUUUUCAUUUAGGAGGUAUUAACAUUUAAUUCUUUCAUAGAAGUCUAAAAAUGAAGCUUAUUUUCUACUGGAAGUAGUAUACCAUUUCCUUUAACCAUUUCUUUUGAUGAUAAAACCUAACAGCUUAUAUUAUUGCAUAUCUUAUUUAAAUGGUCCAGUUCAGUUUUUUUAAGAUUAGUAAAUUCUCUAGUAGAUGUUAGUUUGCCAUCCAACUGAUUUGACUCCUGUUUCCAGCUUGAAGAAAUGUAGCAAUAUGUUGCCUAUUAGAAAACAAAACUAACAGUCACAUUACUCCAGUGUUCUUAUGAGUAUGAGAGGAGACUAGACCCACAUUAUACAGAUUUUAGCAUAAUCUUAUGUUGCUUUUCUGGUGUGCUCCUCCUGCAGUUUGUGGUUUCUAUGUUCUAAGUAUGUUGGUAAACUCUUUUAAAGUUUUUUUUUUCUUUUUUAAAGCUGUUAAGAAUUCUUCAAAAACAUUUCUUCAGCAGCUUCUGUUUUUGGACAAUUUACCUCAGUGAGUCAGAAAAUAAAUUGUUGAUUUGCCAGUGUCUUUCUUCAGCUAGUAUAUGUUCACACCUAUUAUGUGCUUACUGGAAUAGUGAGCAAAAACAGACAUGGAUCUUGCUCUUCUGAACUUAUAUCCUAGAGGUAGAGAAGGAUAUUGAUCAAAUAAUCAUAUAAAUAAAUGCAGAGUUGUAACUGUUCCAGUUGCUGUAGAGAGAUGCUUAUUGAGGAUAUCAGUUUCUGCAUGUGGGAAGUAGAUAUUGAAGGUUAUAUGGUUUACAGACAAGAUCUUUAAAAAGAUAGACACUCAAGAGAGAAGAGGUACUCCCUUAUAGGGUCUCAUAAAGGCAUAGAGCAUCUAGAGAUUUACCGCCUCCAUUACGCUGCUGGGUCUCACAGCACUUGUUAUGUUUUUAUCAGUUUCUCUCCAGAAGAGGUUGGAAACCCAGGUGCCUACAGAGGCCAGGCUGGUGGGAAUGAAGCAGGAAGCCACUGCAGUGAACUGGAGGGCCAAGUCCUUUCUGAAGGAGCAGCCACUGCUCCGUUCCAGAUAAUUGUUUCAAGACAGGAAUGUUGACCUGGUGUUACCACAUUAUCCAGUUUCUCAGGCUACAUUAUUGGAAUUUUGAAGACAUGAAAACAUCAGAUGAACCAGCCUGCAACAUCUUGAAUUCAGAUUGGAAGAUGAAGAGAAAGUUUAAAGAAUGUGGCCUAUGAAGGCGGGUAGUACCUGGAAACUAUUAACCAACUCACACUGUAAAAAUGAGACCCAUUUCUAAACAUUAGAGGUUAUUUUAGUCCAACGUCAAAGUUCAAGACAAAAUGUUGAACUAAAAACUUUACACUCCUCCCCUCCCCCACUUCAGACAGGUACCAGCAUUGUUGAAUAUGAUUUUCCUUAGUCAGAAACACUCAUUUUUACCCAUGUAGACCAUCCUUAGGAAUUAAAUAUUGGUUAUUUAAUGUAGAUUAUAAUGGGAGACUGAUUUUUUCCACAAUGGCAGAUUUCAAGGACUUGGUUCCAAACUGAGCCGAAGCUUCCCAAUGCAUUUUGUACAGUCUGGGAAAAACUGUGCUGCAUUGGCCAUUUUUGAAGGCCAUCAUGCCCUGUAAUAUAAGGAUAUCAUCUUAUUGCUGAUAUCUUUGGAGAGUCCCAAGCAGACACAGAAAAUGAAUGGAGGCAAGGAAUGUGACGGAGGGGACAAGGAUGGAGGUGUUCCAGCGAUACAAGUUCCUGUGGGUUGGCAGCGUCGUGUGGAUCAAAAUGGAGUGCUUUAUGUCAGUCCCAGUGGGUCUUUGUUAUCUUGCUUGGAGCAGGUUAAAACAUACCUGCUUACUGACGGAACAUGCAAGUGUGGCUUGGAAUGUCCUCUUAUUCUUCCCAAGGUGUUUAAUUUUGAUCCUGGAGCUGCUGUGAAACAGAGAACUGCAGAAGAUGUUAAAGCAGAUGAAGAUGUCACAAAGCUCUGCAUACAUAAAAGAAAAAUCAUUGCAGUGGCAACACUUCAUAAAAGCAUGGAAGCCCCACAUCCUUCUCUGGUGCUCACCAGUCCUGGAGGAGGAACAAAUGCAACUCCAGUAGUACCUUCACGGGCAGCAACUCCAAGAUCCGUAAGAAAUAAAUCUCAUGAAGGAAUUACAAAUUCUGUAAUGCCUGAAUGUAAGAAUCCUUUCAAGUUAAUGAUUGGAUCAUCAAAUGCCAUGGGAAGGCUGUAUGUACAAGAACUGCCUGGAAGCCAGCAACAAGAACUCCACCCUGUCUACCCCCGGCAGAGAUUGGGCAGCAGUGAACAUGGACAGAAGUCUCCAUUCCGUGGCAGCCAUGGAGGCAUGCCCAGCCCAGCAUCAUCAGGUUCCCAGAUAUAUGGAGAUGGCUCAAUCUCUCCAAGGACUGACUCACUUGGAAGCCCUGAUGUUUUCACAAGAAAUAAUCCUGGUUUUCAUGGAGCUCCCAAUUCUAGUCCUAUUCACCUGAGUAGGACUCCUCUUUCUCCACCUUCAGUAAUGCUACAUGGUUCUCCUGUACAGUCAUCCUGUGCAAUGGCUGGAAGGACUAAUAUACCUCUUUCCCCAACCUUGACUACAAAGAGUCCAGUAAUGAAAAAACCAAUGUGUAAUUUUUCAACUAAUAUGGAAAUACCACGAGCAAUGUUCCACCACAAACCACCCCAAGGCCCGCCUCCCCCUCCUCCACCUUCUUGUGCUCUUCAGAAAAAGCCAUUAACAUCUGAGAAAGAUCCACUUGGCAUUCUUGACCCUAUUCCUAGUAAACCAGUGAAUCAGAACCCUGUUAUCAUUAAUCCGACUAGUUUCCAUUCAAAUGUCCACUCUCAGGUACCUGUGAUGAAUGUAAGCAUGCCUCCUGCUGUUGUUCCUUUGCCAAGUAAUCUCCCUUUGCCAACCGUAAAACCUGGUCACAUGAAUCAUGGGAGUCAUGUACAAAGAGUUCAGCAUUCAGCUUCAACUUCCCUGUCCCCUUCUCCAGUGACAUCCCCAGUGCACAUGAUGGGGACUGGAAUUGGAAGGAUUGAGGCAUCUCCCCAAAGAUCACGCUCAUCUUCCACAUCAUCGGAUCACGGAAAUUUCAUGAUGCCACCUCUAGGACCCCAGGCCACUUGUAGUGGUAUUAAGGUUCCACCCAGGUCACCAAGGUCAACAAUAGGGUCCCCAAGGCCAUCAAUGCCAUCAAGCCCUUCUACCAAGUCCGAUGGACAUCAUCAGUACAAGGAUAUCCCUAACCCAUUAAUUGCUGGAAUGAGUAAUGUACUAAAUACCCCAAGCAGUGCAGCUUUUCCUACUGCAUCUGCCGGAAGUGGUUCUGUAAAGAGUCAGCCUGGUUUGCUGGGAAUGCCUUUAAAUCAGAUCUUGAACCAGCACAAUGCUGCCUCCUUUCCAGCAAGUAGUUUACUCUCAGCAGCAGCCAAAGCACAGCUAGCAAAUCAAAACAAACUUGCUGGUAACAACAGUAGCAGCAGUAGCAAUUCUGGAGCUGUUGCUGGCAGUGGCAACGCUGAAGGACAUAGCACUUUAAACACCAUGUUCCCUCCUACUGCCAACAUGCUUCUCCCAACAGGUGAAGGGCAAAGUGGUCGAGCAGCACUAAGAGAUAAGCUGAUGUCUCAGCAAAAAGACUCAUUGCGGAAAAGAAAACAGCCACCUACCACAGUGUUGAGUUUGCUCAGACAGUCUCAAAUGGAUAGUUCUGCAGUUCCUAAACCUGGACCUGACUUGCUAAGGAAGCAGGGUCAGGGUUCAUUUCCCAUCAGUUCAAUGUCUCAGUUACUACAGUCUAUGAGUUGUCAAAGCUCUCACUUGAGUAGCAAUAGUACCCCGGGUUGUGGGGGCUCAAAUACUGCUUUGCCUUGCUCUGCUAACCAGCUGCAUUUUACAGAUCCCAAUAUGAACUCCAGUGUUCUUCAGAAUUCACUGACACAGAACAUACCUUUAAGAGGGGAAGCCGUGCACUGCCACAAUGCAAACACUAACUUUGUUCACAGUAACAGUCCAGUCCCGAACCACCAUCUUGCAGGUUUAAUAAAUCAGAUUCAGGCUAGCGGGAACUGUGGGAUGCUCAGUCAGUCGGGCAUGGCUUUAGGAAAUUCAUUACAUCCCAAUCCACCUCAGUCAAGAAUUUCAACGUCCUCCACUCCAGUGAUACCAAACAGCAUUGUUAGCAGCUAUAAUCAAACAAGUUCUGAAGCAGGUAUUUCAGGACCAUCAUCCUCCAUAGCCAUAGCUGGCACCAACCAUCCUGCCAUCACAAAGACAACAUCUGUUCUUCAAGAUGGCGUCAUAGUCACCACCGCAGCUGGAAAUCCACUGCAGAGUCAGCUGCCCAUUGGGAGUGAUUUUCCUUUUGUUGGCCAGGAGCACGCACUUCAUUUUCCAUCCAACAGCACUUCAAACAACCAUCUUCCACACCCCUUGAAUCCCAGCCUCCUCAGUUCUCUACCUAUCUCUUUGCCAGUGAAUCAACAGCAUCUCCUAAACCAGAAUCUAUUAAAUAUCCUCCAGCCUUCAGCAGGAGAAGGCAAGUCUGAGAUCAACCUCCACCCUUUAGGUUUUCUCAACCCGAAUGUAAACGCUGCUUUAGCUUUUCUCUCCGGUGACAUGGAUGGGCAGGUAUUGCAGCCUGUUCACUUUCAGCUCUUAGCAGCCCUGCUUCAGAACCAAGCAGCUGCCAUGCUUCCCCUGCCAUCUUUCAAUCUGACCAUCUCAGAUCUUUUGCAACAGCAAAAUACCCCUUUACCCUCAUUAACACAGAUGACAGCCCCACCAGACCAUUUGCCAAGCAAUCAGUCAGAGAACAGCCGAGCUGAGACCCUUUUAACCAGCCCCCUGGGGAACCCUUUACCAAGCUUUGCAGGCAGUGACACAACUUUUAACCCCCUGUUCCUCCCCGCUGUCACUGGGGCCUCAGGAUUAAUGGCCUUGAAUCCCCAGCUGUUGGGAGGUGUCCUGAACUCGGCAUCCGCCAACACCGCUAAUCAUCCAGAGGUUUCCAUAGCAACUUCCUCCCAGGCAACCACUACCACAACCACUACAUCAUCAGCAGUGGCAGCACUGACUGUCUCAACACUUGGUGGGACAGCAGUGGUGUCAAUGGCAGAAACAUUGCUGAAUAUAUCUAAUAAUGCUGGGAAUACACCUGGUCCAGCUAAACUCAACAGUAACUCUGUGGUGCCACAGCUACUUAACCCUCUACUGGGGACAGGUCUGCUUGGUGACAUGUCCUCAAUAAACAAUACUUUGAAUAACCAUCAACUGACUCAUCUACAGUCGCUGUUAAACAACAAUCAGAUGUUUCCUCCAAAUCAGCAACAGCAGCAGCUUCUGCAGGGGUACCAGCAUCUCCAGGCAUUUCAAGGACAGUCCACAAUUCCUUGCCCAGCUAACAAUAACCCCAUGGCUUGUCUGUUUCAGAACUUUCAGGUGAGGAUGCAGGAAGAUGCAGCUCUCCUAAACAAAAGAAUAAGCUCUCAGCCGGGGCUCACAGCACUUCCUGAGAAUCUGAACACUACACUUCCGCCUUUCCAAGAUACAUCUUGUGAGUUGCAACCGAGGAUUGACCCAUCUCUUGGUCAGCAGGUGAAGGAUGGCCUUGUUGUGGGUGGCCAAGGUGAUGCUUCUGUAGAUGCCAUUUACAAGGCAGUUGUUGAUGCAGCCAGCAAAGGAAUGCAGGUUGUCAUCACCACUGCGGUCAACAGUACAACUCAGAUCAGCCCCAUUCCAGCUCUGAGUGCCAUGAGUGCCUUCACUGCUUCAAUUGGUGACCCAUUAAGUCUCCCCAGUGCUGUCAGUGCGGUCAUUCAUGGACGAAAUAUGGGCAGUGUCGAUCACGAUGGUAGGCUGAGGAGUGCAAGAGGGGCUCGGCUGCCCAGGAAUCUGGACCAUGGGAAAAACUUAAACGAAGGAGAUGGGUUUGAAUAUUUCAAGUCAGCAAGUUGCCACACAUCCAAAAAACAGUGGGAUGGGGAGCAAAGCCCUGGAGGGGAGCGAAACAGGUGGAAGUGCGAGGAAUUUUUAGAUCAUCCAGGCCAUAUCCACAGUAGUCCUUGUCACGAAAGGUCCAAUAAUGUCUCUACACUGCCAUUUCUGCCUGGGGAACAGCACCCAAUACUGUUACCACCAAGAAACUGUCAAGGGGAUAAAAUUCUGGAAGAAAAUUUCAGGUAUAAUAACUACAAAAGAACUAUGAUGACUUUUAAGGAGAGACUAGAGAACACUGUGGAAAGAUGUGCACACAUUAAUGGGAACAGACCUCGACAGAGUCGGGGCUUUGGAGAGCUGCUGAGCACCACAAGACAAGACCUAGUCCUAGAAGAGCAGUCUCCGAGCUCCUCAAAUAGUUUGGAGAGUUCUCUGGUCAAAGACUACAUCCAUUACAAUGGAGACUUUAAUGCCAAAAGCAUUAAUGGGUGUGUGCCUAGCCCUUCAGACGCUAAAAGCAUUAGUAGUGAAGAUGACCUAAGAAAUCCAGACUCCCCUUCUUCAAAUGAGUUGAUACAUUAUAGGCCAAGGACGUUCAACGUUGGCGACUUGGUCUGGGGCCAAAUCAAAGGACUUACUUCUUGGCCUGGAAAAUUAGUAAGAGAAGACGACGUUCACAAUUCAUGUCAACAAAGCCCCGAGGAAGGGAAGGUGGAGCCCGAGAAGUUGAAGACACUAACAGAAGGUUUAGAAGCCUACAGCCGAGCCCGGAAAAGGAACAGAAAAAGUGGAAAGCUAAAUAACCAUUUAGAAGCUGCUAUUCAUGAGGCCAUGAGUGAACUGGACAAAAUGUCUGGGACUGUUCACCAGAUCCCACAGGGAGACAGACAAAUGAGACCUCCCAAACCCAAGAGGAGGAAGAUCUCCAGAUAACAGGGACUACUCCACCAAUGCGCAGUGUUUAUUAAAAGGAAUGUGCACAGAUAUAUCUGUAUAUAGGUAUUGAUAUAGCCACUGUUAUAUCAAUAUUUAUACUAUGGCAGAUAGUUACCACCACCACAGGGUGCUAAAAGAAACAGUGAUACAAUAUUUUUUUGAUCAGGAAGGAUGAUGAAUGCUGGAAAAACCAAUCAAAAUCCCUGAAGGAUGAGAGUGAUAAAUGGUCAAGAGAUUACUGAGAAACUCUUUUUUCUAUGAUACUAAAAUUGUGAUUAUAAGAAAUAGUCCAAAUGUUUCUGAAGAAUUUUCCAUGUUGUAUAUAAAAUACAGAAUUUCAUGGUGAUAUCAGAAAUGUAAAUAUUGUACAAUAUUGUCAUGUACAAGCGUACCUAAUGCACACUUUAUCUUUUAUUGUACAAAGAAAUAGUGUACAAAAUUCUUUGGUUUCUAUGGAGUACACCUACCAGAGACUACCAGUGUAAAGUGAUAAAUAAAAAUACAACCUAAAUGCUUUUCUAUGAUAAUGUAAAAGAUGCUGUUUUUGUAUCUAACAGCAGAGAAAAGGCAUGAUGAUGUAUUACCUGAAUUAUGACAUACACUGCACACCACUGAGUGUCAUUUAUAUUGUCUGUUUGGAAUGAACCUUGCCUGGAAGUGCUGGACUUGAUUUCGGGUGUCUAGGAAAUCAAAACCUUGCAGAUUUCUAAAGGGAUGAGGGCUCACAGGUCUAAAUUAAGAAUUCAGAAACUGCAACCAUUUGUUGCAUAUUUUUUUUACCUAAGUUUUAAAGUAGAAUAGGUUUUAUAAAAAAAAAAUCUUAGAUGGACUAUUUUACUCAGUCAUUUCUGUAGUUAAUGUGUGAUAGCCACCUGUUGAAUUAGAUAGCUUAUGCUGUACCACCGUUGAUGCUCGGAGUUGAGUUUUUUGCAAACAAUACCUGACAAGAUAAAACUUUCUGUUUCCAUACAUGGAGGCUGGAGCCCCACCUUGAAACCAUUAUCAGAGGUAAGGUUGGUUAAAAUUCAGUUUUUUUGUAGUGGAAAAAAUAAAUAUGAAUCAUCAAAGCAAGUUUCAUAUCCAUUCAUCAGUAUUACUUAAACCAGAAGUUAAGGUGGCUUACAAAAUUAUUAGCAAUGGUAAUUUUUUAUCAGUAUUAUG